AUGACUGAUAAGGAGCAAAAUGCUUGGCAAGAAUUGCGACGAAAAAUGGAAUGCUUAUCAGAUCGACCAUUUCAUAUCGCAUUUAUCAAAGGAAAUGAAAAUAAUAACUGUUCCUAUCCACAAAGUGAAAUAACGCAAUCUGAAAAUACUGCUCAACCUGAUUUGAUAUCUUCGUCUUAUCUAAAAACACUCAGUGAUGCAUCUGAGGAAAGUAAAAGUAAUGGGAAUAUAAGUGAAGUAGAAAAGAAGAUGGAUCCAUUAACAAAAUUUUCAUUAUGUCAUCGAGUAAGACAAAUUCAAAGUAGCAAUGUUGCACAACUCAAUAAUAUAUUCAAUACCGAUACAAGAAAGACAGUUGAAUUGUCAUCAAAAUGUAAGGAAAUAAUUAAUAGAGAACUUAUGUUUUGGCAUGAUCGCAUACAAUUUGAAAUGAGACAGACAGUUGCAAUAAUGUCAAAUUUAUCUGCGAGAAUGGAACGAAUAAAAAAACUUAAUCAACAGCUUCGUGAUCUUUUAGCAUAUUUUAAUGAUGACACAGAUAGUUCAGUAACAUCAUCAACAUAUUAG